GUCUUGUUUCCUGUUUGUGCCGGCAUGCUGAUGAUGGUGAUGGUGAUGGAGGGAGGAGGAAGAGGAGGGCUGAUGUGUUUCUGAUGAUGCUGAUGAUGCUGUGAGUCAGACAGCGGAGGGUUCAGGAUGGUCACAGCCGCUCCAGAGUAACAAACCCCGGACACACGGAGACCUACGACCCGCUGCGGAGACACGGUCAGUUAUCCAGAGCGGACUCCAUCUCCCAGAAUGCCCGAGCAGAGUAACGACUACCGGGUGGUGGUGUUCGGAGCCGGCGGCGUCGGGAAGAGCUCGCUGGUCCUUCGGUUCGUCAAAGGCACCUUCAGGGACACCUACAUCCCCACAGUGGAGGACACGUACAGACAGGUGAUCAGCUGUGAUAAGAGCGUGUGCACGCUGCAGAUCACCGACACCACAGGAAGUCACCAGUUCCCCGCCAUGCAGCGCCUCUCCAUCUCCAAAGGCCACGCCUUCAUCCUGGUCUUCUCCGUCACCAGCCGCCAGUCCCUGGAGGAGCUCAGACCCAUAUACCAGCAGGUCGUGGCCAUCAAAGGAACCGUGGAGUCCAUUCCCAUCAUGCUCGUGGGCAACAAGAGCGACGAGACGGCCCAGCGCGAGGUGGAGGCGAAGGAGGCCGAGGCCCAGGCCACCGCCUGGAAGUGUGCCUUCAUGGAGACGUCGGCCAAGACCAACUCCAACGUGAAGGAGCUGUUCCAGGAGCUGCUGUCCCUGGAGAAGAAGAGGGACAUGAGCCUGGGCAUCGACGGCAAGCGCUCGGGGAGACAGACCCGGGCCGACAAGCUGAAGGGGAAGUGCAGCAUCAUGUAGGGCGGCGGCGGCGGCGUAGAGACGUGGAACAGCAGAGGCAGGAAGGGAGGUGGGGGAGGGGGUCUGCUGAUCGACUCCAGUAGAGACUCCCCCCCCCCCCCACCCUCCUGUGGAUAUGUCUGUCUGAACACUUAAGCCCAGAGGACCAAAAUGAACAAGCCUGACUGAUAAGGGACUCACAUCAGGCCCAUGGGGCCUCCUGGCCCUGAACUGGAUUGUGUUUGUGGCCCCAAAAUACUUUUAAUAAACUUAUACACCCCGGUUUAUUUGCUAGCACCAUGAAACUAUUAAAGGAAUACUCCACUGAUGUUAAUGUGAGUCCUGAGACAGCCAUGCAUGUAACUUGUAUUUAUAGACGCUAAAGAUGGAUUUUACUUUAUUUAUCCAAACGGAAAGUAUGUAG